CGACGACCCGGCCUCUGCGCAGAAAACGGUAGUAGAGGCCGCCGCAGAGUCGAAAGAUGCCUCCUCCUCCAGCGCGCAAGUCGAAUCUGAAAAUGAGGACGAAGACGAUGCAACCCCCACAUCUGGCGCAGCAGCUUCAAGCAGCGCAAAGAAGAAGAAAUCCAAGAAGAAGCGCAUAAAGUCUGCAUUAACUGGGGGAUCAACUGAGUCUUCAGGAAGCAGUUCCCGAGACGAGAUAUCCAAAGCAGUCAGCGGUCUCAGCAAAUCGCAAAUGUCGGACUUAUUGAGCUUGAACCCCGCUCUGGCUCAACAGCUGGGGGUUGCAGACGGAGACCUCUCUAGCAAACAGGCUACAGAUGCGCUGAAAAAGCUGAGCUUGGAAGAUAUUAUGACGGGAUUGGCGGCCAAUGGGAAGAAUGCGAAGGAUAUGGCUUCGUACAAGUUCUGGCAAACACAACCCGUUCCGAAAUUUGGAGAAAAGGCUGAGAUUGAGGAGGGGCCCUUUAAGAUCGUUGAUCUUGAAAAGGUACCAAAGGAGCCUGGACCAUUGGUGGAUGGAUUUGAGUGGGUGACUAUGGACCUUACGAAUGACGAGGAAAUAAAAGAGGUGUUUGAUCUGCUUUAUGGACAUUACGUUGAAGACAACGAAGCCAUGUUCAGAUUCAACUACUCGGUUUCCUUUCUGCGAUGGGCUCUGCUGUCCCCGGGCUGGAGCAAAGAAUGGCAUGUGGGUGUAAGAGCCAGUGCUUCCCGCAAGCUCGUAGCCUUCAUCUCCGCUGUACCCAUUGCAUUGCGGGUCCGAAAUAAAGUCCUCCACGCAUCAGAAGUCAACUUUCUCUGCAUACAUAAGAAACUCCGAUCCAAGCGUUUAGCGCCGGUUCUCAUCAAGGAAAUCACCCGUCGAUGCUAUCUCCAGAAGAUAUGGCAGGCUAUUUACACAGCUGGCGUUGUAUUACCAACGCCUGUUAGUACAACCAGAUACUAUCACAGGUCCUUAGACUGGCAGAAGCUCAACGACGUCGGUUUCAGUCCUUUGCCUCAUGGCAGCAAGCCUCAAUACCAGAUCUUGAAAUACAAACUUCCGAAUAACACAGCUACUAAGGGGCUACGACCCAUGGAAGAAAAAGACGUUGAUGCCGUCCUUGAUCUGCUGCAGAAGUAUCUACAAAGAUUUGAUAUGGCCCCCGUGUUCACCAGGGAAGAGGUCGUUCACUGGCUCCUAUACAAGAAGGAUAGUCCAGAUGAGCAAGUCGCCUGGUCAUACGUCGUCGAGGACCCCACCACCAAAACUAUAACCGACUUCUUCUCCUUCUACUGCAUUGAAUCUUCAGUCAUAAACUCCAAACACACUUCUAUUCGCGCCGCAUAUCUGUACUACUACGCCACAACUGUUGCCCUGCAACCCCACACCCAAGCCCAACUCAAAGAACGCCUCAAUUCAUUGGUGAACGAUGCCUUGAUCCUCGCCAAGAAGCUGAAGUUUGAUGUCUUCAAUGCAUUAACGCUGAUGGACAAUGCGCUAUUCUUGGAACAGCAGAAGUUCGGUGCCGGAGAUGGCCAGCUUCAUUACUACUUGUAUAAUUACAAGGCGAAUCCGAUUGCGGGUGGUGUUGACCACAUGAAUCGCGUGGAUGAAAAGGGCUGCAGCGGUAUAGGUGUUGUGAUGUUGUAGGCGGGAUGAGGGGAUCGAGAGGGGCAAUACCCUGCGGUGAAGAUUGGCACUUACUCAAUAGCAAUACCGGAGGGAAAGCGAUUUAGUCUAGAAUAGUAAGAGCUGCUCCAAGGCAUUUUACGUUGAUUAACACAUGCUUCCCAAAUUCCU